AUGGCAAAUUUUGGGAGUGAGGGGCAGGACCACAAAAUGCUGUCACCCGCUUCCUGCUCUCUACCAACAGCCAAUCUCCAAGAGAAGAGACACAAACAGCAGGAGUGUGUUUCCCAGGGGAAAGGUAUUGUCAUCCAUUUAACUUCUCCAGCAAGGCAUGGAGACUGGGAGAGAUCAGAAGGAAAGGAAUUGGCCUGCUCAAUGGCUAGGGAGGACAAUGGAAUAACUACGGCAGAGGAGAAUGAAGGAAUAGCAGAAGAAAAUGUUUCUUACUCUGAAGAACGCAUAAACCUACCAGCUUCAUCGCUCCCAUCUUCUCCUUCAAUUUCUGGAUUUUUAGGCGAAUUCUUUUUUCCAACCGUUUCUUCCCCUUUAGCAUCUUCAGUAAACUCCUGUGGUUCUUCCGAAACAGCGCCUUUGAUUAGCCUUGUCAAAUCCCUGUCAACAGAAAUCGAGACCAAGGAUGUGUCAUCUCUGAAACCGAAGCCUUUGCUUAGCCUGGUCAAGUCCAUCUCCACUGAAAUCUCACGUCACGAACCAGAGGUUACCCAGUCAAAGUCAGACUCAAAGCUGAACCUGUACCUGUGGCACCAGUUAACCCAGCCCAGGGGAAGAAAUGGAGAUUCCAAGACAGCUCCACCAUCGCCACUGCUUUCACCAGCCGAGAGCAAAAUUAGUUUCUUCAAGGUUCCUGAAGUCGAAGCCAAGCUUGAAGACACCAAAAGGAAGUUCUCCGAGGCUAUCCAAGAGCCAUUGAGCAUGCUAAGUAAGAUAAUUGGAGAUGAAAGUAGUGGAAGCCCCAAAUCUAAAGCAUCACAAUCAAACACCAGUAGCACAGAUUCCUUCUGUUCCCCCAACUCUGAAGACUGCAGCAAUGAUGCAUAUAACAAGAACAAAAGGCCUGGGUUUGAUAAGUUCAGAAUGGAGAUGCUUAAAUCAGAAAAGAGAGAGGCUGGUAGACCACCUCAUACAGAAAUGUCUUCUCCAGGAAGACAUGCAAAAGGGAAACAGAGGAAACAAUAUCUGCCCUUUCCACAGGGUUAUGGGGACACCAGUAACCCAAGGUAUGAGAUCUGUUCGGAUGGAGAUGUGCUACAGAUUAUAGAAACUGAGCCCAAUGAAGACAACAUGUGGUGUGGACAUGAUACCACAUACUCCUAUUCCAGUCAAGCCUUGAGUCCACUACAACCUUCUCAAAAAGUGCCAAGUAAAACUCUAAUGUGUUUUGCCGCUCUAGCCUACAGCUAUUUUGUAUUACCGCUGCCAUCGUUCUUCUCUGGCCUCUGCGUUGGACUUGCCUGUGGAUUUAUAAUGGGCCUACUCAUCAUUUCACUGCAGACACCAAGGCUUCCACAACCCAUCCACAUAAUCCCGCUGGGUGGUGAACCUCUGCAGUCGGAGAACAUAAUUAGGGAACCCAAGGAUUCCGAAAUUGUCAAGGGAUGGAUGAAUGAAAUCUAUAACUACGAUCCUGAGACUUACCAUCUGUCACUGACUUUCUCAGUCUAUGUGACACUAGAGGGGACAGCACUGAGGCUGUCGUACCCAAGGAGUAAUAUCCCUCGCCGUGCAUACUUCGAUGAAGGCAAACAUGAUAUGGUGUUCAUCAGCCAUCGCUCCUGUGACCUAGCAGACAGCAAGAUUUUUCUCGUCCCACCAGGCCUGGCAAAGAAAAGGAUGUGGAAUAAGAAGUACCCCAUCUGUAUUUUCCUCAGAGAGGCUGUGCCCUACAAAUUCAAAUGCUCCGGAGACAGAGAGGUGAAGGCAGACAGGGACACUGACGGGCAAAGGGACAGGCCAGAAAGCACACUGACACCAGAGGAUCUCCUCAGACAUCAUGCAGAAAGUGGGGAAAAUACACUCUUCCUCUUUGGAAGGACAGGAAGGGAGAAAGAAGAAUGGUUCAGAUAUUUCCUGCUGGCUUCCAGGAUGCAGUCAGAGGACAAGAAGAGCCUCAGCAGAGAUGGUGGGAAAGCUGGUACUACACAGAAUCCCAGCGCUAGCCCAUUGGGGAGAUUGGCUUACAACGACAGCAGCGGCAGAAGCAGUGCAGAAGAUCUCCCGUCCCUUUUCAAAACCAAAGACUUGGCUGGAAACAUCAAGCAAAAGAUUCAGCUGGAGUACAGCACAUACAUGGCAAAGUUCACUGUUUCAGACAACUGCAGCCCUUGUCCGAGCCCUGAACAUAGUACAACCAACAGCCCAAUCAAGGGCCAGAUGCCUGGUGAAGCCCGAGUCAAUGCAGAGCCCCAACUGUCCUGGAUAAAUGCAUUGAUUGGGAGAAUCUUCUGGGACUUCCUACGGGAAAAGUACUGGGCAGAUCAAGUUGCUCGGAAAGUUCAGAAGAAGUUAAGCAAGAUCAGGCUGCCAUAUUUCAUGAAUGAGCUGACCCUCACAGAGUUGGACAUGGGGACGCUGCUACCUGUGGUCACCCACUCUUCAAGUCCAUCUGUCAACCAAAAAGGCCUAUGGGUGGAUUUGGAAAUUGAGUACCAUGGGGCUUUGCAGAUGACACUGGAAACCAAAAUGAACCUGUGCAAGUUGGGGAAGGAGUCGAUGCCAGAGGGAGCCCGACUGACUGACACGAGAACAGAGCAGCGCAAACCCCGAGCACUUGUUCUGGCAGACAGUGAUGAGGAAUCUUCAAGUGCUGGGUCUUCAGAUGAAGAGGAAGUGCCUUCAGCAGAACCACAAGGUGUUGAGAAACUUGGACCACCUGGUGCAGAGGGGUUUGCUGCAGGGAGCAGCACCAGCAGAAAGAUUCUUCGCUUUGUGGAUAAGAUUGCCAAAUCGAAAUACUUUCAAAAAGCCACCGAGAAUGAGUUCAUCAAGAAGAAAAUAGAGGAGAUGUCAAACACUCCACUUCUCCUGACUGUUGAGGUUCAGGAACUAGCAGGAGUGCUGGCUGUUAAUAUUCCACCACCCCCUACCGAUCGAAUAUGGUACAGCUUCCAGACUCCACCUCGACUGGAAUUUAAGGUGCGGCCCAAGUUGGGCGAGCGGGAAGUCACUUUCACACAUGUGACUGAGUGGAUUGAGAAGAAAUUGCAGCACGAGUUCCAGAAAGUCUUCGUGAUGCCAAACAUGGACGAUAUCUAUAUUCCCAUCAUGCACUCUGGCCUUGAUAAACCAGAUCAGUCCAAGCAAACUCCAGAGGAAGUCCCCGCCAAAGCCUCCUUUGAUUCGACAGACAGAUACUAAGAACUGAUUCUUGCAAAUGGCUGAAAACUUUCAGGAAAGAUACUUGCUA